AAUGUCAGAUGAUGAAGAUUAUAUGUCCGACAAAUUUUUGGAAUUAUCUGAGAAAUGUGUUACGCCAAGUCUAGUUUAUAGACAUACAGAUAAAAGACAAUUCGAAUUAGAAAAAAGAAAAGCUGAGCACGAGGCAAAAAUGAAAGAAAAAAAUAAAUCAAUACACUUAAUAGAGCGUGAAAAACGAGAAGAGGGCAUGUCUAAUGCCAUUACAAGUAAUAAUAAAGGUUUCGCAUUGCUUAUGAAAAUGGGAUAUAAGCCAGGACAAGGUAUAGGAAAAACAGAAUCAGGUAUGAUUGAGCCAAUUGGAAUAGAAUUGAAAGCCGAUCGACAUGGAUUAGGCAAAACAUCUGAAAAAAAAGGAAGCAAACCAAAAAUAAUAGAUACACGGUUAGAUAAUUCGCAUAUGAAAGAUUUCCGAGAAAGAUUGGCAGAAACAAAAUUAGAACAAAUGUUAAAAGUAGAUUUACAUAAAAGUCAAAAAGUUUGCCAACAAUUGGAUAUCAAAGCGAAUAAAGAAGAACCUCUGGAAUCAUGGUUUUGGUUAAAUGAUUCAGAGAAAAAAGAAGAUGAAAAUGAAGAAGAAGAAGACGAAGAGAAAGAAGAAGAAGAAGAAGAAGAACUUACUGUUAAUGAGAAAUUAGAUAUUCUAACAAAAUAUUUACGUGAAAAGUACUUUUAUUGCAUUUGGUGUGGUGUAUUAUUUGAAGAUGAAAAUGAUUUAAGAGAUAAUUGUCCAGGAUGUACGAGAAAUGUUCAUUAGAAAGUACACUAAGAAUAAAUAAUUAAUUCAAUAAUUCAAUAUACUACUUUUAUACAUUA